AGCAUUUUCAUCGGAAAAUUGUCAGUAAGAUGUAGAAUCACUGCUAAGCCUCAACCUGUGCGUACAUUAUAGAACAUUUUUGACGAUUCAAAGGAAAAUUAUCAAAGCAAAAAAAAAACUUUUCUCAAUGUUACAACCAUUUGUUUUCCAGUGUCCAUUUGGUUACGGUAAAAUCCUUCAAGAGUUUAGUUUAAUUUCGAAAUUUUCUUUGAAAUAAGUGGUACGGUUACGGUAGUUCGUUUAGUGAAAAGUUUAUUAUUAAUUUCAUCCACUGAGAAUAAACAAUUUCGGUGUUUUCGGUGUGUUGUCUAAAAAUAAGGAGAAUAAUAUGCGUGCAUAGCUGGUGGAAAAUCGGUUCAACACACCACGAAAAGAAACAUAAUUACAAAAAAACGAGAAUCGGAUAAUUCUGUGAUGAAUUUGUGUAAUCAAUAAAUUUAUUAGACCAACAAAAUGCCAGAGCAGUAGAAAUUUAAUUUUAAGACAAUUUACCGUCGAUGGAGGGUCUCGAAAUUUUCUAAUUAAAUAAAUGUGCUGUGUACAAAAGUUGUAAUUGAUAGGAAGUGUCAUUCAAUUUGAAAUUAAUUUGUCACGAUUCUGAUAUUCCAUUCACAAAAUUUAGAGAUUGAUAUAUAAUGUUGUCAUGGCAUUACGUGGCUGGCGACUCUUUGGGUUGGCCGGUACAAUAUUUGCCUACGUAGCUGGCAUACUAUUACUGUCGAUUCUAAGUUUAAACAACCCAAAUCAACGACGUGGACGAGGCGGUGGUCGAUUUGGAGAAUUCGAUGCAUUCCGACACCGUGAAAUCAAUUUAAUUGGUAAGCGACAGCCAUUACAAUGGUGUCAACCACUGAGGUAUCUGGACGGUGACAUCAAAGACAUAACUACCAAGCCACCGAAAUUGCUGCAAACAUUUCCUGGCCAUUAUGUUCGAAUUCCCAAAAAGUACACGAAUAAUCGAAAUAAUGAUCUCGCGCAUAGACAUCAAGUCGGCAGGAGCGGUGCUAUUGUCGAACCGCUGUUUGACGAUGCAGUCAAGGAAAUGGGAAAAGCAACCAAACCGGAUGCUGCCACCGACAAAGUCAAAUCUAGUUACGAGAAAAUAUGGCCUAACAAUAAGUACUUAAGAAAUCAAAAUAAUCAAAAAUUGUUGCAAAAUGGAAAGUUGAAAGAGUUCAGAGGUCAUAAUCUGAUAGCACUAGCGUCGUUUCCGGGGAGUGGCAAUACGUGGCUGAGAUAUUUGCUUCAACAAGCUACUGGAAUUUAUACAGGAAGCGUCUACAAAGACUUUGGAUUGCUGAAAAGCGGUUUUCCAGCCGAAAACAUUUUCAAUUCAUCCGUGUUGAUCGUAAAGACGCAUGAAUGGGGACCAAAUGCCUGGGAACAUUUUGGUAAAGCGAUUCUAUUGGUGCGAGACCCGGACAAAGCAAUAAUUGCAGAAUUUAAUCGGCAAAGCGGUGGACAUGUAGGAUUCGCGUCACCGGAUCGAUAUAAGAGAACAAAAGGACGAUACUGGCAACAGUUUGUUACGAACAAAUUGUGGGCAUGGGAACAAAUGAACUUACAAUGGGCUCGCAAUUUUACAGGUGAAGUUGAAAUUAUUUAUUACGAUGAUCUGGUUGAGGAUGUUGAAGUAGUGUUGAGACAGGCGUUAAAAUUCAUAAAGUUUCCAAUAAACGAGGAACUGCUGAAUUGUGCUCUAUCACGAAAGGAGGGCAUCUAUCGUCGAAAGAAGCGAAUAAUGACUUUCGACCCAUACACUCCGGACAUGCACAAAGCCAUCGAAGAGAAGAAGCGUGAGGUAUAUGCUGAACUGGGGAGAUAUAAAUUUUGACUCCUAAGAUGGAAAUAAAUUGAACAAAUCGUCAAACUAAAUAGUAUUAAAAGUGCCGGUGAUUUAUUGUCUAAGUUGGUUUUAUCUAAAUUAAUGGUCGGAACAGAUCAAACUGUAACUUGUAACUCGAUCGUCUCGUAGAUUAUUUUAAGGUGAAUUGGUUCGCGUCGUUUUUUUUUUAAGUUUUUAGACGCAGAACAUUAUCCUUUUGUUACCAAAAGUUCUAUCCUGUCGUUGCUUCCAUCGGAAGAUCGUAGAACGCCGGGUUUAAAAAAAUUAAAUCGGGUUGCGUUUUGGACUGUCGCGUUGUAAAAAUUUAAUUCGGGUUGAGUUCGGGUCGGGCUUGGCACCCGUUCAUCUCUAGGAAAAGCCCUAAUACCAACAAAUACAUCGGACUGUUGUCCAAUGACUGAGAAUGUAAAUAAGUGAAUUUUUUGUCACCUGACUUUGAUCUGUUCCAAACAUUAUCUCUUAUAAUUAAUUUGGUCGUAUAUAAGAUACAGAAACCGAAUAUUAAAUAAAAUUACAGAAUUUUACGGUGACUUAAUUAAACUAAAGUUGAAUUUAGAUAUUAGAGAAAUUCUAGUCGUAUUUUUAAAUUGAAAAGAGAAGAAAUUAUCCGCAGAUGACAUCGUGGAACAACUUUUUUUUAAAUUCCAUUUUACAGAAAACAAACGAGAAAAUUGUUACGGAAAUUUGUUCUAAACAAGCUAUGUCUGGUGAUCAUCAUAUAUUAUGCGAUCAAUACAAUACUACGGGUAUGUGUCAAUUAAAUUCUAAAUGAAAAAUCUCGUUAUACCUACCCACCCACCUUUCCAUAAUUACACCCAAUUAAUGUUUUGCGUUAAACUGUAAAAUUCUGUUUUACAUUUUCCACAGCAAAAAACAUUCUCUUUAAUUAACUUUCCAAAGUGUCACCAACCACUUCACCAACCUCAAUGGCAAAACUAAUGUUUCAAUCGUUGCAUGUAACUCCAUUACAAGGUCUACAUGUACACAAUCACAGUGUAGAAAAUAAUAUAAAAUAACAAGAAAAUGCAAUUGUAAUUACUCGGCAGGAAAGUAACUCCUUUCUCCGGCAAGAGAAAAUUGUAAUAAUUACAUCCUUCGGUUGCGCUUCAAAAGGAUUUCGUCGUUAUUGCGCCUUUUAAUAGUUGGAUGAAUCUUUUUUCUCUGUACUUUGUUUUGCGCAAAUCUUGUUGUUGAGAAUUUGAUUUUUCUCAACUCUGUGACGAAAAGUAAAGUUGAAUUCACAGUCGUCAGUCUUCCAGCUCUUUUGCCGAGUUAUCACCGAGUUGCAUAGAACGCUUUCCUCAAUAAAGGCCGGCAACGAAAUCAUUGAUUUACAUCACUGUGUUGCCAAGGGAACUUUCGCUCCACCCUGUCCACAAAACAACCUCGAAAUGCAAUUUCCAACUUUUCCUAACGAACUCUUUCGGAAUGGAGUGGGGUAAAUGACCAUUUUCUCUGUACUGUGAAAAAAAGGGUUUUGCAAUAAAAUUUUCCAUGUGUCGUUUUGGUGAAAGGCAACACAUUAGGUGUUUUUGUCACAUGAAGAGGUUGUAAAAGUUGAAGAAGCAUCUCUAUUUCACUACUUGUUGCAUUACUAUUACUGCGUGUCUGUUAGUCGGUUUUUUAUAAAAACAUUCAAAAUUCCAGCUCCUUACUUCAUUCUCUUUGAAGCUGAAGCUCUGAGCUGAAGCUUCGACCUGAAAAACUCUAAUGCGGAAGUUUGUCCUCCGACACAUAUCUUGCCUGUCUCUAUCUUCUGCUCUAAUCCUAUUUAUAUCUUCCAUUAUUUUUAUUAAGGAAAAAAAGGUCAACCACUUAUCUGUGUUCCCAAUCAGUUACAUGAACGAUUUUGUAGAGAUGUUGUUAUAAACAAUUUUUAUGUACAGUUCCAGUGACAUUAUUAUAGACUCAAUAAAUUUAUUGUAAUUUUUCAUUUUUGAGAACACAUUUUAGCUCCUCAACUGUUACUUAAGCCAUCGUCUUAGGUGGAUAAAGGAUUAGAAUUCGCGUUCUAGUUACAUAAUGUAGAUAUUUACAAAUAAAAGUGCUUGAUUUUAUAACACAA